AUGAGCAUGGUGGGAGAAUUGAAGUACUUUCUUGGACUUCAAGUAAAUCAGACUGAGAAAGGAAUCUUUAUUUCUCAAAGCACCUAUGCCAAGAAUCUACUGGUGAAGUUUGGUCUUGACAAAUGCAAGGAGGCAAGAACACCAAUGAGCACCACGACAAAGAUUGGAAAGGAUGAACAAGGAGAAGAUGUUGAUGUGAAGCUAUACAGAGGAAUGAUUGGAAGCUUGCUUUACCUUACAGCAAGUCGGCCUGACUUAAGCUUCAGCGUUGGUGUGUGUGCUCGUUAUCAGGCCAAACCAAAACAGUCCCAUCUUCAAGCGGUGAAGAAGAUCUUGAGGUAUGUCAAGGGAACUGUCAAUCUGGGGAUCUUUUACUCCAAAGGAUCCAACAGAAAUCUUGCUGGAUAUUGUGACGCCGAUUGGGCAGGAUGUGCAGAUGAUCGGAAAAGCACAAGUGGAGGUUGUUUCUUCCUUGGGAACAAUCUUAUUGCUUGGCUUAGCAAGAAGCAGAAUUCUGUGUCACUAUCUACUGCAGAGGCUGAGUACAUUGCAUUGGGAAGCUGCUGCACACAGCUUAUAUGGAUGAGACAGAUGUCAGCCGAUUAUGGGAUGGAGUCUGGACCCUUCUUGGUCUACUGUGACAACAAAAGCGCCAUUGACAUAUCAAAGAAUCCGGUGCAGCACUCAAGGACUAAGCACAUUGACAUAAGACACCACUUUGUUCGUGAAUUGGUGGAAGAAAAACAGCCGUCAGAUCUACAAGCCAGCAAUCUCCAAGCACUGCCGUCGCCUGACGAAGCGACUGAAGUAGCGACCACUACAUCUCUGGUAGUGACCGCCGAUGGUGUUUCUGAACCAGCAGAGCCGGAUGUGCUUGAGAGACACAAAGCUAAAAAGGGGGAGAUUGAAGAUGCAACUGGUUUGACGCAGAUCGUGAAUCAGUCAGGAAGUGCAUCAGGACGUAUGGACGGACUUGUAGCGGAGCUAAGUGGAGCUUAA